GAAUGUGGAUUAAAAUUUUUGGUGGUCCUCUCAUUUUGAACGUAGUUUUCAGAGCUGUAUUAUAUUUUAAGAAAUAUUAAUGCUUAAUGUGUUUUUGCUCAAUAUGAGCGAUGUUUUCUCGAGAUCAACAUAACCUCAAUAUGGUUUGAAAUUUUGAAUACAUCGGCAAUGAAAUAGUUUAAUAGCUUAGCAAAAUAAAAAAUUCAGUAUUUUCUACGACCACUACUUGUAUUAUUUUGGUUUUUCAAAAAGCACAGUAACAAACGAAUAAUAAAACAUGUCAGCUUAUCAAAGUUUGGAAAACGUAUUAUUGGUUCAAACUCAGAAACUUCAAGACCUUGAGACAGCUACAGAUAUAGUGAGAAACAAAAAUGCCAUACACGAAGAGCUUCUCAAUGCUUACUCAGAAGUAGUCUGUGUUAGCAAAGGGAUUCAAGAUUUAAAAGAAGAAAUAAAGCUGAUGAAACUUGAAAAUGAUGGCUGCGAGAAGCUGUCAAUUGCACUAAAAAAAUUAGAACGUCAAAUUCAACACAUGGGAGAAAAUAUCCCUGCAAAGAUAAAAGAGUAUGUGAACUCUGAACUUCCUGUAAAGACUAAAAGCCUGCCAAAAAGUAAAGAAAAGUUUCAAGUUUCUCCAACCAAAACCGUUGAACGUAAUCUUAGCGCUACCAAUGGGAAUCAUUCGAUAACUAACAUGAAAAACUGCAAAAAAGUUUUAUUUAACGAACCAGAUGUGCCUCAGAUACGGUCCAUCACACAGGAAGAAUUCGUCAAAAUACCAAAGUACAUAAUAACAAGACAGACUCUUGAAGCACUUAACAGUCUAGUGUCGAGUAUUAAUCAAAUCAUUAAAAGUAAAUAUUUACUUCUGGCUAUGGGCAAGAGUGGAAAAAAAAAGGCUGAAGUAGAUUUAUUCGUACAGCACAAAAUGGAACAGGAUAGUCUUGGCGCAGAUAAAGAGAAAUCUUACUUUUUCACGGCAGCAGAUUAUGAGAGGACUUUUAAAACUAAGCUUGAUAAGUCAAAAUUAAAUUUACUUGUAGCUCUACGACACUGUAAGAAAUUGGAGGAAACAAGAAGAGGAAAAACUAUAUUCUAUUCUCUGGUUGUAUCUAAUGAUUGACAAAAUAUCAACAAUACCCAUGAUUGUAUACAUUAAACAAUUUUGAUACAAACUGUAGUUUCAAGCGUAGUUUGAAUG